AUGUUCUUCCACGGCGGAUUGGGCGGUAUGGGUAGAGCCCACGAUGGUCCAGUCGAUACUCGUCUCUAUGAUGUACUCAAAGUGAAGCCUGACGCAAGUGAUGACGACAUCAGGAAGGCAUAUCGCAAACUAGCAAAGGAAUUCCAUCCAGACAAAAACCCCAAUCAUGGGGACCAGUUCAAGGAAAUAAGUUUCGCAUAUGAGAUUCUAUCCAACCCAGAACGGCGCCGGAGAUAUGAUAUGGGAGGUUUGGAUGCUAUCAAAGAAGGCGGAGGCGGAGGCGGCUUUGGCGGUGAUUUGUUCUCUCAUAUAUUCGGCGACGAUGACGAUUCACCCUUCAGCGGGUUCUUUGGAAUGGGUGGUGGCGGACGGCGUCGAACACGACGGAAGUUCCAAGAUACUGUGUAUCCCUUGAAUGUUACUCUGGAAGAGGUCUACCUGGGUAAAACAUCGAAGCUGCGAUUAUCAAAAAAGGCACUCUGUACGAAAUGCAAAGGAACUGGUGCAAAAACUGGACAAACUUACGAAUGCCACUCUUGCCGUGGUCGAGGGGUGAAAAACCUUGUACAGCAAAUCGGUCCAGGGAUGGUACAGCAAAUGCAAGUCAGAUGUAAUGAUUGCGGUGGAGAAGGUUCCCGGAUUCCCGAAUCUGAUAAGUGUGGCAACUGUAGAGGAGAAAAGUGUGAAGAAGUCAAAAAAAUUCUAGAGGUAUUUCGUUUCGCAGAAUUCCUUCUCGUAUAA